UACGGGGGAAGGGAAGGGAAGAGGGGAAAAGUUUUCCAGCACACAGCUCGUGGUCCGGGCUCCCCGGACGAGAUGCCCGGCCAGGGUCCGGUGUCCGACUGAAGGGAGUACAGCUCUUCCGUAGAGCCGCCUACGGUGGCCAGGACCGAGGGUGACGGCGGGUCAACUGGACAUUAUUACCAGAAUUCCAAAGGUACAGAGGGAAUCAAAGAUGGACACAAAGUGAACUCACACAUAGCCAAGCUGCAAGAGUUAUGGAAAAUUCCUCAAAUUCAAACAAUUCAUAUCCCUGAAUCAAUGACAGAUUCAUCCUUUCUAAAGCAUCCAGACCUCACCAUGGGCCAGAAGCGUUAUCUGUACAACAUUGCUAAGAUUUAUAAUGCAAACUAUCUGAGGAUGUUAAUGAAGAGGCAGUACAUGCAUAUGAUCGAGCAUGGCUCUCAAAAGCCAAGUAUCCUCACUCACCACAGGAGCCACCUCAGCUCUCGUUACUCACAGAAACACCGUUACCCCUGCACAACAUGGCGACACCAACUGGAGAGAUACGACUUGGGGCCUUCAAAUGUAGCUGCAUCUGUACCUGAAAUGAUCAUGCAGCAUUCCCUUUGGCGACCAGUGAGAAACAAAGAAGGUUUAAAAACUGGAUAUAUGUCUAAAACAAGAUGUAAGUCGCUGAAGAUUUUUAGAAAACCAGGUAGACUGUUCAUGCAAUCAGUUUCUACAAAUGAUUCUGAAUCAUACAUUAAUGAAGAAAAAAAGGAAGAUUUACUAAAUAAGUGUAUGCAAUCAAUCUCAAUUGAAGAAUGGGGAGAAGAACAUUUAAUGUUAACUUGACAAUCUUGUCUUGUAGAUUGAUGAUGUGCCAAAGGUAGGAGAGGCAGUUGUGAAUUGUGCCCUCUCUCUACAUUUAGGAUAGUAUUGUUAUUCGUCAUUAAGUCAUUAAGUAAUUUUGGUUUGUUCAGAAACUUUUAAAACACUGUAAUUGGUUUGAUGUAGUUCCAUGUACCAAUAUUUGUGUAAUAGAGUCUAUGUGUAAUAUAUGCUUUUACUUCUAGCUAGAUACAAUUAAAUUUUGUCACUUAAAAUUGAAUUUUUAAUUUAAAUCUGACAGACACAU